AUGAAGUUCCUCUUCGUUUUCGUCGCCCUCUUCGCCAUGGCCUUGGCCCGCCCCAACGACGUCGUGGUCCUGAAGAGCGAUUCCGAUGUCGGACCAGACACGUGGAGCUCCGACGUGGAGACUAGCGAUGGCACCAGCAUCAGCCAGAAGGGUGUCCUUAAGAACGCUGGCACUGAACACGAGGCCGCUGUCGUUCACGGAUCCUUCUCCUGGGGUUCCUACUCCUACACGGCCCCAGAUGGCCAGCACAUCAGCGUCACCUACAUCGCCGAUGAGAACGGAUUCCAGCCCGAGGGUGCCCAUCUGCCCGUGGCCCCAGUUGCUUAA